AGUAUAGUGGAGCAGUUGGUUGAUUUUUGGAUAUCCAUGUCGUUUGCCUCGCGUGGCCCCACUGGGUCAGUGCGUUGCUUAAUGGACGAUGAUACUUGGUGGAUCUUUAUUGCAAUGCCGCAACACUCAAAGAGUCAAUGGGUUUGGUUCGAGCAAUCUUGGUGAAGGAUUUCUUUUCUUCAAGCGGAUAAAACGUGCUUCUUCACAUCGCAAGUUUUGCAAGUUCUUCGUUUCCUUCUCUAGCUCCUCAUACGUAAAAACGUUAAGAAGCAUCGACAGAUCGGAGCAAGUGCAACGGAAGGGCAACGAUCAAGAACAGCAUUGUAUUCUCAAAUGAUCUAGGCAUUUUUGCUGAUGCUGAGGUCCUCCGAACGCCGCCGAAACUUCUGAUGAAGAACUCAGAUACCCAACAACUCCUCUUUUUUUUUCAUGAUGAACGUCUUGUUUCGUACCUACGCUUUGGAUAAGUUUCUUGCGUAAGCCACGUCGAUGUUUGACUGUUCAUGUGAUAAGUCCGUUGACAUGUUCUCGUGACACCUGUGAAAAGGAUCGGGUCCAGCAGAGCUGAAGGCCGACGAAACGACCGGCACGUGUAAUGCAUUGAAAAGGCCGCGUCGUAUUUCAGGAUUAAAUAUAAUCAAGGAUCACACCUCAAGUAUUGAUCUUUGAAAUUUGAACGGAGGAGUCGCAUUCAUACUUUUGAUUGACGGUUUCUGUUGUCGACGGGGGUGUUCCGGAAAAGCACGAGAAAAUGUGGUUUUUCAAAUUGGGUAGUUGAAACCGACCUAAAAAAAAGAAAAAAAGAAUUGGGUAAUCGACCAAAUACGCCACCAGAAGAAGAAAAAAGGAAGAUGCAGAAGCAAGCGCGUUGAGACGGAGCUGGAAUUGGCUUCGGGAGGUUGGAUCGAGAAAGAAGGGAAGUUUCAAAGUGGGGUCUCGCCUUCGUCGGCCACACGCAGGAAAAGGAGGAGGGUGAGAGUUUAAAUGCGCAAAAUAUCAGUUUGUAACCGUUGAAGGAAAGCAACAUUGCUUUGAACGCCAUCGGUGCAUGUGCCACGGGUGUUGAAAAGCUUCCUCCUUUCCAAGAAAAGAAAAAAACCAGUUUCCAAAUCUGUUCUUCCUUCUUGCCAUCAUAUUUGGUUUCGGGUGGUUUUUGUUCUCGGAUUCAAUUCAUUCACGCGGAAGAGGAAUAAGAAGAAAGGCACGGUGAGACUUGAGUUUGGUUGUGGAAGGAAAAGAGGGAAAAGAGGAGGAGAAUAAAAGGGGAAGGAAAAUGUCGACUUUGACCGUACCUCCGGUUCUCACCUCCCCAAGAGACGACGCCAUGCAACUUUACCGUGCUUUCAAGGGUUUGGGAUGUGAUACUGCAGCAGUAGUCAAUAUUCUUGCCCAUCGGGAUGUCACACAGCGUGCUCUUAUUCAGCAGGAAUAUCGCACCAUGUAUUCUGGUGAUCUUUUGAAACGCUUAGAAUCAGAGCUGACUGGCAAAUUAGAGACGGCUGUUUUGCUAUGGAUGUAUGACCCAGCCGGACGAGAUGCCAUAGUUGUGAGGCAGGCCUUUAUGGAGACAUAUAUUCAAGCUGCUACUGAAGUAAUAUGCUCUCGAACUCCAUCUCAGAUACAGACGUUUAAACAACACUACUAUUCCAAGUUUGGGAUUCAUCUCGAGCAUGACAUUGAGAAACAUACCUCUGGGGACCAUAAGAAGCUGCUGCUUAAAUAUGUUGGUACACCACGUUAUGAAGGCUUCGAAGUCGAUAGGAUUGCCGUAGAACAGGAUGCAAAGGCUCUUUUCAAAGCUGGGGAGAAGCGGCUGGGGACCGAUGAGAAGACUUUUAUCAAGAUAUUUAGCGAGAGAAGCAGGGCACAUUUGGCUGCUGUUGAUUCUGCUUAUCAUAACAUGUACGGCAGUUCAUUGAAGAAGGCCGUGAAGAGCGAAACAUCCGGACAUUUUGAGCAUGGUCUCGUGACAAUCUUACUGUGCUCUCAGAACCCUGCCAAGUAUUUUGCAAAGGUAUUACGCAAGGCGAUGAAAGGUCUGGGGACCAAUGACACAACGCUGAUAAGGGUGAUCGUGACGAGGACCGAAAUCGACAUGCAGUAUAUAAAAGCAGAAUACCGUAAUAAGUACAAGAAGACUCUAAACGAUGCAGUUCACUCCGAAACAUCAGGCCACUAUAGGACUUUCCUGCUUUCGCUUCUUGGCCCCAACCAGUAGGAUCAUCGUCCAUAAAAAGUCGGUCUCGUCGAGAAGCUUUGUGUGCUCAUUUUCUUUCAGCUGGAUGAACUUGUACUUGGGGAAUGGGUCGGUCAAAAGUACUUGGUGGAAGUGGAGGGAAAAUUGCUUCUGUUUGUAAAUUUCUCUCUGAGAAUUUGUGCCACUGCCCGGGUUGUGAUUAGCGUACUCCUUAUAAGGAUAAUGCCAGUGUGGUUUACGAGACCCCUUAUUCUUGAAAGAAUCUCGUUGGGACAAUUUCA